UGACUGCAGGUUUCCUGCAGCAGGAGAAAGCACUCUGCCCUUUAAAGUUUCACAGCAAAGAUAUGCUGUCUUUUUAUGCCGUAAUGAGAAGGCCUGUUUUGCUCUGGCAAAGAUGUUGACUCUGAUUUUUACCAGCCUGAUAGCGGGACUGCUGGCUCUGCUUCUGUACCAGAGGAUCGCGUAUCCCUUCUUCUGGGACGAUUUUAUUUAUUACUUGAAACUUCGGGGUUACAAAAAGAAAACCGCGGCUCGUGUGAAGCAGGGGGUCAUCACGUAUUUAGACUGCUUCUUGUAUCAGGCGAGAAGAAUACCCAACAAAACUUUUAUCAUUUUUGAGGAUCAGGUUUGGACGUACCAGGAUGUGGACAGGAGAAGUAACCAGUUCGCCAACGUGUUUCGGACCGAGGGCUCUUUAAAACCAGGGGACAUUGUUGCCUUGUUGAUGAGCAAUGACCCGGACUUCAUCUGUGUGUGGUUGGGACUGUGUAAAGUUGGUUGUGAGGUCGCCUUUCUCAACGUGAAUAUAAAAGCCAAAUCACUGCUCCACUGUUUACAGAGUUGUGGAUCCAAAACCCUUAUAAUUGGUGCAGAUUUGGUGAGUGUGGUGGGUGAGAUGGGCUCUGACCUAAAGAAGGACAACCUGCUGGUUUGGGUGAUGGAUCACUCAUCGCCCUAUCGGGAGUUUGGGACUUUACUUGAUAAGGUCCAAUAUAUGCCUGCUGAAAAAAUAAAGGAUUUACCAUUAGUUAAUAUAAUGUCCAAUUUUCUUUUCAUCUUCACAUCUGGCACUACAGGUCUUCCUAAGGCAGCUCGCGUUGGUCACCUGAAAGCUGUUAUGAGCAUGGCCUUUCUUGAGAUGUGUGGUGCCAGUUCAGAUGAUGUCAUCUACAUCACUCUUCCACUUUACCACAUGUCUGCUUCGCUUUUAGCAGUUGGUGGAUGCAUCAGUCUAGGUGCUACUUGUGUCCUAAAGAAAAAGUUUUCUGCCAGUCAGUUUUGGAAAGACUGUGUAAAAUGUAAUGUGACUGUAGUGCAAUAUAUUGGGGAACUUUGCAGAUACUUAUUGAACCAGCCAAAGGUUCCUGAGGAGCGGACUCACCGCGUGCGCCUUUUUGCAGGAAGUGGUCUCAGGUCUGAUGUUUGGAAGCAGCUCAGACAGCGUUUUGGAAAGAUCAAGAUCAGAGAGGGUUAUGGUCUGACUGAGGCCAGUAUUGGCUUCCUUAACUACACUGACGAGGUGGGGCCAAUCGGGAGGGCCAGUUAUUUCAACAAGCUUUCAAUGCCAUUUGAGCUUUUGCGGUAUGAUCCACAACAAUAUGAACCUGUCAGAACAGACACUGGAAGAUGCAUAAAAGCAAAGAUCGGUGAAGCAGGUAUCCUUGUAGCUCCCCUAACCAUCAUGAACCAGUUUCUUGGUUAUGCUGGCAAUGAGGUUCAGUCGGAGAAGAAGGUGCUCAGGGAUUUGUUCCAGCCUGACGAUGUGUACUUUAACACUGGAGACCUGCUGCUGCAGGACCACAAGGGCUUCCUGUAUUUUCGUGACCGCAUUGGAGACACCUUCAGAUGGAAGGGAGAGAAUGUGUCUACAACAGAAGUUUCAGAAGUUCUUGGAAGUCUUGAUUUUAUUCAAGAAGCCAAUGUGUAUGGAGUUACUGUCCCAGGUAAUGAAGGUCGAGCAGGCAUGGCUGCUGUUGUUCUAAAACCUGAAUCCAAAUUAGAUGGUCCAAAACUCUUCAGUCAUUUAGUGGACACACUGCCUGCUUAUGCUUGGCCUUGGUUUCUCAGAGUACAGAUCGUUCUUGAUGUGACAGAAACAUUUAAGCAGCAGAAGUCAAAGCUGGUGCAGGAAGGUUUUAAUCCCGAGAUCAUCUCUGAUCCACUCUUUUUCUUAGAUAUUUCCCUGAAGACAUACAUUGUUUUGACUCCACUUAUUUUUCAAGAAAUUGUGUCUGGAAAACGUAGUCUAUAAGCUUUUCUGAAGAUUAUCUAAAAAUCAUUUUCCUGUGUAGUGGGUUUGUAAAAUUUGUAGCGUAUUUAGAUCCAGUAGAUGGCAGUCAAAGAGUAAUUUUAAGAUGAUUUUCCACAUAGAUAUGUUUGAACUUUUGUCAUUAGUUAAUUUGUUUUUAUGCUAAGAGUAGUUAAAUUUUACUUUGUUUCAAGAAAAAAAAGAGCAAGAGAGAAAAGAAAGCUAAUGCCUAUAAUGUUUGGUGAUUUUGUGCCAUUAACUUUUAGCUGGCAGCAUGCUUUUACCCAGAUGGUAUAUUAUGGCAUGGUGUUUAUCUUUUGAUGGUAAGUUUGAUAGUAAGCACUGUGUAAAAAAAGAACAUCAACUCCUAAAAUGUGACUAUAAUUAAAAUACAAUAUUUAUUUCAA